UUUCUCUCUCUGUCUCCCCCUCUUAGUGACAGGCGUCAAAAAUACCACCAAGGGAGCGCAGAUCAGCAGCUUUCCACGCAGCCACACACUCGGCUUUCGUCCACCGUCCGAAGAGAAAAUAUCUCCCUGAAAACUCAUAUUUUCUGUAGACGGGGGUGCACAGCGCAGAUAUGACCGCGGAAAGAGCCUUUUUUCCCUCUUUCUCUCUCUCUCCUGACUGUGCAAAGUAACCGAUUCGACUUCACAUGCCUGAGAGGAUUGUAGUCGGUCACCUUCUUUGCGAGACACAUCUGCGCAGCCCUGCGUUGAGACUAAUAUGAGAGAGAAGAUGUGGAUAUUUCACAGUUCAAAGUGUCUUUCUUCUAUCUGGAAUCAGUGGUGUUUGUAUUACGCAGCAGUGGUCUGUUUGUUGUUUUCGCCUGUCAGGACGGAUGACGCCUGUCCCUCGUCCUGCAUCUGUGCCAGAGACUCCGGGACAGUCACCUGUCGUGAUGGGGAGGAUAGCGAGGUGCCGGGAGACAUACCGGAGUGGACAUCCACCUUGAUACUGAAGGGGAGAAACAUCUCAACUUUACAGCGCGGUGCGUUCAUGAGCAACGGCACUGAGUUGGAAAUGACAACACUCUCGCUGUCCUACAACGGAAUACAGACUAUUGAACCCUACGCCUUCCUGGGACUCCCCCGAUUGCAUUUGCUGGAUCUGAGCCACAACCAGUUGACGUCUAUCUCAGCCAGGGCUUUCCACGGGUUACUAGAGCUGCGCUCUCUUUACCUGAACCACUCGGUUUUGCCUCCGGUCACGACGCAACUCUCAAAUGCGCUCAGCACACAAAGUUUGCGCAACCUCCACAGACUGGAGUUGGCGGGAAACAGGCUGAAGUCUUUACCCCUGAUGAGAUUAGAUAUAUACAAUCUGCACACGUUAGUGCUGAUAAACAAUUCCAUAGAGAGCAUCGGUUGGGAAAACGUAACCAAUUUGUACCAGCAAAGGCGCAUACGCGUAUACCUGUCUUUAAACCCGUUUCGGUGCAACUGUGACCUGGAGGCGUUUUACUACUGGGUGAAGAACUCAUCCCAGUGCCCGGAUGCAGGGCGUCUCCUGUGCAACGAGCCGGAGGCCAAGAGGGGGAUUCCCGUGGAGAAUCUCCGGAGAGAGGACGUGGAUUGUAUGAACGAGAACCUUGAGGCGGUUUCAUACGUGUUCCUUGGUAUAGUUUUGGCUCUGAUUGGGGUGGUGUUUCUUAUGGUGUUGUAUCUGAACCGGGGAGGCAUCAAGAGGUGGCUCAACAACAUCAGAGAGGCAUGUCGAGACCAGAUGGAGGUCUACCAUUACCGCUACGAGCAGGACUCAGACCCAAGACUGGCCAACGUGGCUGUUUAACCUGCUGAAAGAUCAAAACCACUGCUAUAUAGUGACAGGGCAGGGGAGGCAGUGUUUCAGGAAGGAUGGCCACCCGGAGCUGUACUUCAUUAAAAAAAGACCUGGAAGAGUCCCUGGCAGCCCCCCUGCUGUAGUCAAAAUCAGUUUAAAGACAGUUUCAUCAUUAUCAGCAGCUGGCCAAUGAACUAUAAGCAUCCCUCUCACACUGGGUUAUGCACAGAGCCAAAGACACUUAAAUGACUGUAAGAGGCUAUUACUGUACAUAUUGCACAUAAGUAUCUCCGCAAGAGGGGCAUGCUCUUCACGCAUCAUGUCACCUUACAGCAGCUUGUCAGAGUAAUUUAGGAUUAUUUAUUCUUGUUAAUCAAGUGACAAACAUGCAGUAAAACUUUAUAGAAUUUAUUAUUUGAAAAGCUGGCAUGAAAUGAAGAAUCAAUACAGGGAAAUUGUAGUCCUUGCAAAGUAAUAGUCUGCAUCUUGGAAACCCUACAGGGAAAACCAGGUUUUCCUGUUUCUGAUUGACUGGGGGAGGGAGUGCACAGUGCAAAGUGUGAGAGAGAAAAGUGAUACAGAGGGAGAGACUGGGGGAGGUAAAAUGAGGCAAGGAUGUUUGUUGGAGUGUCAUUGUCAUGUUUCAUCAUCGACCACGUGGCAUAAGUAACCAUCCUUGUCUUAAUAAGCAGCCUUUGAUCUCUGAUAAUAGCACACAUGUGUAUCAUUUGAACACCAGGUCAGUUUAUCAGUAAAGGGACAGAAGAGGAGAAUCUAACCAUGCAUGUGAUUGCUGUAGGCGUAGAAAACAAACUCAAACAUUAAUAAUAAAAAAAAAAUAAGGUCAAACAAAAAUGGUGCGUUAACGGUGUUCUUUACUUCAGUACAUUUUAUCGUCACUGUCAGGAAAAUGUUGACUUCAUGCAGCAUUGUGCUUAAACAGAGGAAAUGUUUAUGUUUUAUAUUCUGUAAAACACUUUUUAUUCAUUUGCUAGAAGCAGGUGUGAGUGAAUGCAUCUGCCAGAUAUGACUAUAAGAUAUCCCAUCAUCACCUGCGGGCUCCCCAGAAAAGGGACAGAAUAUCUCAUGUGCUUAUUGUUUGAAGCACCAAAGAGUACCAGGCUGGCAGAAGACUACAUGGAGAGAUAUAUAUAUUCCAGAAAGGCACGGCAGUAUUAAUCUCAUCGGCAGCAUGACAAAUAAACCAUGGAGAAUGAUGAGUGACCUGUGAAGUCAGUAUCUCUCUAUAGCCCGCAGCACAUCAACCCUCUUAACUAAAGGUCUGCAUUAUGAUAUCAGGAAUUUCUGGAACCAAGGUCAAGCAUGAAAAGCUGGAGAGUGAGGAUGCAAGCACAUUCAU